AUGAGGGUGUUUUGUUGGACGAGAGAGUUUCACAUCAACAGGGAGUCGUCGCUGGUAUCGGUUUGGGUCUCACUGCCGGCGCUUCCUAUUCACUUCUAUGAUAAACAUUCGCUGUUCUUCAUUUUGUCUCCCGUUGGUGCGCCACUCUUCUUGGACUCAGCAACUAUGUCUGGGGCUCGUCCAACCAUAGCUAGAGCUUGUGUCGAAAUCGAUUUAUUGAAGCCAGUCUGCACGCGGGUAUGGGUGGCUGUCGAAGGAGAGAUGGGGUUUUGGCAAUCGAUUUUGGUGGAGCACCUACCUUCGUACUGCUCUUCAUGCUGGCGUCUCGGCCACUCUAAUGCUGAGUGCAAGAAAGAUCGCACGACAGUGUUGCACCAAUCGCAACCUGCGCGCAACCUGGGAGGGAAUGUCACCUUGCAAUUCUGCAGCAAGGAGGGCGUCAAGGCGCCUGGUCCUGGGAUCGAAGCUGUUGUGUGUGGGGCACGAAAGGUUGCAGUGCGUGACCCAGAUUGCGUUGCUGGCCGAGGGAACGCUCCUUUGACUGCGGGUGAGCCUAUCCUCAAGCUGGGAGUGGAGGAGCUCACGGACGAGGAGAAGGAGGGGCUGGUCGACGGUAUAGCUGGAGGGGCAAACGCAGGACUGGUAGUGCUUGGUUCCGGUGGGGGCAGUGAGGUUGUUGAGGUUGAGGGAGGGGAGGCGAUGUGUGCGAUCAUGAUGGGAGUGGAGGAGGUAGUGGACGAGAGGAGGGCUGGGCUGGUCAAGGGUGCGGCUAGAGGAGCAGCUGUGGGUCUGGUGGUGCUUGGCACGGGUGGGUUCACUGUGGCUGAGGGGGAGGAGGUGGCGUAUGUGGCCACAGCAACUUUGCCGAGCGAGUGUGAGGGUGGGGGAGACUUGGAGUGUGAGUUGGAUAGUCCAGUGGCAGCUAUGCCUGAGGAGGAGCUGCCAUAUUCAUCAUCCAUCGUUGCCGGGUUCUUUGGUGUUUUUCUGGGUCCAUGCGAGAUGCUCUGUGGAGGCUCGCAAGGACCUAUGGAAGGAUCUCUUGCUUGA